AUGAAGCCGCUGGAGAAAUUUUUGAAGAAGCAGACGUCGCAGCUGGCGGGGCGAACGGUGGCGGGAGGUCCCGGCGGGGGUCCGGGGAGCUGCGGCGGCCCUGGAGGGGGUGGGGGGCCCGGCGGGGGCGGCGGUCCAGCUGGGGGACCGCGGCCGCUGCAGCGGCGUCAGAGCGUGUCUCGCUUGCUGCUCCCAGCUUUCCUCCGGGAGCCCCUCGCCGAGCCGGGGCUGGAGCCACCCCCAGAAGAGGAAGGGGAAGAGUCCGCGGGGGUCGCCGAGGAGCUCGGCAGCGGGGGCCCCUGCUGGCUGCAGCUAGAGGAGGUGUCCGGGCCCGGGCCGCUCGGGGGUGGGGGGCCCCUGCGCUCUCCAUCCUCGUACUCCUCCGACGAGCUGUCCCCGGGCGAGCCCCUGACUUCGCCGCCCUGGGCCCCCCUGGGCGUCCCGGAGCGGCCGGAGCAUCUUCUGAACCGGGUUCUGGAGCGCCUGGCCGGAGGGGCCACCAGGGACAGCGCCGACUCAGAUAUCCUGCUGGAUGACAUCGUCCUCACCCAUUCUCUCUUCCUCCCCACGGAGAAAUUCCUGCAGGAGCUACACCAGGUCAGCUUUGUUUGGGCAGGAGGUGUGGAGGGCCCUGAGGGGCUGGGCCGGAAGCAGGCCUGUCUAGCCAUGUUGCUUCAUUUCUUGGAUACCUACCAGGGGCUGCUGCAGGAGGAAGAGGGGGCCGGCCGCAUCAUCAAGGAGCUGUACCUGCUGAUUAUGAAGGAUGAGUCUCUUUACCAGGACCUCCGAGAGGAAACACUGAGGCUGCACCAGCUUGUGGAAACCGUGGAGCUAAAGAUCCCAGAGGAGAGCCAGCCGCCCAGCAAGCAGGUGAAACCACUCUUCCGCCACUUCCGCCGGAUAGACUCCUGCCUACAGACCAGAGUGGCCUUCCGGGGCUCUGAUGAGAUCUUCUGCCGGGUCUACAUGCCUGACCACUCAUACGUGACCAUCCGCAGCCGUCUCUCAGCAUCUGUCCAGGACAUUCUGGGCUCUGUGACGGAGAAACUGCAGUACUCUGAGGAGCCUGCGGGGCGUGAGGAGUCCCUCAUCCUGGUAGCUGUGGCCUCCUCAGGAGAGAAGGUCCUUCUCCAGCCCACUGAAGACUGUGUCUUCACCACGCUGGGCAUCAACAGCCACCUGUUUGCCUGCACCCGGGACAGCUACGAGGCUCUGGUGCCCCUCCCUGAGGAGAUCCAGGUCUCCCCGGGAGACACAGAGAUCCAUCGCGUGGAGCCGGAGGACGUGGCCAACCAUCUCACCGCCUUCCACUGGGAGCUGUUCCGAUGUGUGCACGAGCUGGAGUUCGUGGACUACGUGUUCCACGGGGAGCGCGGCCGCCGGGAGACCGCCAACCUGGAGCUGCUGCUGCAGCGCUGCAGCGAGGUCACGCACUGGGUGGCCACCGAGGUGCUGCUCUGUGAGGCUCCUGGCAAGCGCUCGCAGCUGCUCAAGAAGUUCAUCAAGAUCGCGGCCAUCUGCAAGCAGAACCAGGACCUGCUGUCCUUCUACGCGGUGGUCAUGGGGCUGGACAACGCCGCGGUCAGCCGCCUGCGGCUCACCUGGGAGAAGCUGCCGGGGAAAUUCAAGAACUUGUUCCGCAAAUUUGAGAACCUGACGGACCCCUGCAGAAACCACAAAAGCUAUCGAGAAGUGAUCUCCAAGAUGAAACCCCCAGUGAUUCCUUUCGUGCCUCUGAUCCUCAAAGACCUGACCUUCCUGCACGAGGGGAGUAAGACCCUUGUAGAUGGUUUGGUGAACAUCGAGAAGCUGCAUUCAGUGGCGGAAAAAGUGAGGACAGUCCGCAAGUACCGGAGCCGGCCCCUGUGCCUGGAGAUGGAGGCGUCCCCCCAUCACCUGCAGACCAAGGCCUAUGUGCGCCAGUUCCAGGUCAUCGACAACCAGAACCUCCUCUUCGAACUCUCCUACAAGCUGGAGGCUAACAGUCAGUGAGAGUAGGGGUUCCAGUGGGCCCCCGCCGGGGCCCCCAGCACCUGGCACUCAAGCACUUUGCACCCCGUCCCAACCCUCAGCUGGCCUCUUACCCCGGAGCUGUUUCCGCCCACAGGGAAGACUCGGAGGGACUUACCCUGAACUUUGUCCAUUCUGCUGAGUCCUCUCCCCUCUUCUUUCAAGCCGAAACCACCACUGAUUCUGAUUCCUGCCCUUGCAGGGAGGCGGGCAGAGAGCUCCUUGCUCUGUCCCCUCCACUGGAGGUCUGGUCCAGAGCUGGCGCUUCCAGCUGCUACUUCCCAUGCAGGAAGGGGAGCUGGGCCUCUCUCCUCUGCAGGAUGGGUCGGCAGCCAUCCUCUCCACCACCUGCCUGGCCCCCCUCGUCAGGGCUGGGGUCCCUGGCAGUACCCCCGGCGUCUGUGUGCACUUGCGCACCCCUUGUAAGGAGCGAGUGGCCUGCAAUGAGGGAGGGCGUUGUGUGCUGUGUGUGUGGGUCCCUCUGUUUGGUGCUACCCUUAUCUUCUCAGCCCCCGGACAGUUUCGGGUGCUUUCCCCACCCCCACCCUCCCCGCUCAGCUCCUCUGGCUGCCCAGCCUGCCCAGGCUUGUGGGUGAACUGCAGGGGCAGGUGGGCAGGGAUUACCCAUCAGCCCUUGGGAGCAGGCUCGAGGGGGCUCUGACGAGGGUAGAAGAUGCUCAGGGAAACACAGGCCUAAGCUGCCUAUAGGACCCUCCCUCUGUGGUGCAGUGGGGUGGGGGUGGCGGUAUCAGGAGUUAGGGUGGCCUGCUGCCCACAUUCCUGCUUUUAGGUGUCUCACUGCUGAGAAGGGAAUUGUCAUUCCUUCUGGCUCUGGUGUCUGACACCAAGCACAUGGUCUCAAUCCCUCUCCCUGUCUUGACUCCCACUUUAUCCUCCUAAUCAGAGCCGGGGUGAGGUGAAUCCCUGGGCCUGGGGCAUACAGCCCCCAAUAGAGGGGGUGAGGGAACAGCAGAGACUGUAAAGGCAGAACUGGACUCUGGUGAUGCCUUUGUUACCGCUCUGUCUCCCCUUCCUCUCCCACCCCAGGCCUCCAGGACCGAGGGGUGCAGGGGGCUCCUGGCAGCUAGUGGGUGAGGCUUCCUGAAGCAGCCUCCCCUCCUUUCUGGAACCACCUCUUUCCCUUCUGAAGAGGUAGCAGCAGCAGCGAAGGCAGCUGCCGCUCCUGCUCUAGGGUGUAAAUAUUUUUUACCAAAAGCUCUGGAAUUGUAAAUUUAUUUUUUAAAUCUCACAGAGGGAAAGAACCUUGUAUCAUAUGUAAAGAUUGUAUCAUAGGUUAUGUUGUACAGUCCCUUUUAUACAGCGGUUUGUCUUGUUCCUGCCGCAAAAACUGGACUCCCCUUUACACACACAGGUGCCAUGUCCCCACCCUUCCUCCCUACAGAUGGCCUCCAAGUCCCCCUCUUGCUCCCUGCUUUUUCCUUGCAACUGCUAAUGCACUCAUUUCUCCCCCCAAUUACCCUACCUUUCUUCGUGACCCCUCACUCCAGCUCCCACAAUCCUCCUCUGACUCUGGUGUCCACUGUCCAGUCUGGGUUGCUGCCCAUCCCUAGCCUUGACGCCUGCCCUGCUGCCUCCUGGGCAGCCCUGGGCCCCUCCCUGCACCCUCCAGCUUUAACAGAGUGAACCCUGUGUAUUGUACAGGCUCGCUUGUCAUUGCCAAAACCACUGGGUGGAGGAAAAGCUGAUAAAGUCUAUGA